AUGUCGGACGAGACGCUGGCGCAGCUUUGUGUUUUCCACGUACCCGACAAGCCGCCGCAGCAUCAGGAUGCUUCGAACCGAGCCCUCACCUCGUUGCCUCUGAAUUUGACGAUCCGGCAGACCGGACAGAAUAAACACGUAUGGUCGAUCGACUACAUUCCGAGAGGCGCCCGUUUUGGACCAUUGCUUGGGGAGUCAAAAUUAGCGGAUGCGGUGCGUGGGAUGUGUGUGCCGAUGGAGGCAUCGGCCGCCGGGGCAAAACCCAAGCUUGAGAAGCCCUCGGCAGAGGAGAAGGACGACGGCAGCUGGAAGAUUUUCACGCCAUCCGGCGGUCGCGUUCUGAAAAAUAUCGUCACCAACGACGACUCGAAGACCAACUGGAUGAAGUUUGUGCAUCGCGCCCAGAAGAGUGACGAGCAGAAUUUGGUCGCUUGUCAGGUGGACAACGACAUCUACUUCUACUCGAUUCGAGCCAUUCGCCCGAAUACAGAAUUGCUAUUCUGGUACGGAAGGGAUUAUGCGGUGCGGAUGGGCGAGUCGACGAAUUGUGAGAAUCCGCCGAGGCCGGCAGUCGUCCGCCCAAGCCCGUCACCAAAUUGGCAAAACUCUCCCACCGAAAAGGAUCGCUCCUCCCCUCAAGAAGCCCUCGAUUUCAGCAUGAAGCGGUUGGCCGAAGCCGACGUGCCCCCAGAAGUCAGUCCAGUGCCCGAAGAUACUUCCGGCUCCUCGACGAGCUCCUCCUCGGACAGUUCAUCUGAAUCCUCGACCUCAUCCUCACCACCUUUGCCGAUUAGGCCGGCUGUAAUCCACCCGCCCGUCCAUCGGCCAAUCCCACUCGCCCCACCUUCACUUGGGUCGAUCGCUCUCAGCGUAGGCGGAAUGGGAGCUCAGACCCUAGCCCGUGGGGGACCACUAACUGCCUUCUCGCUGGUCAUCGACGACUAUCUGCGGAAGACCCAGCUCCACAAUGCCUUGUGGGUACCCCCAGCGGCUGCUGCCACCGCUGUCGGGGGUGGCGGAGGAGUUCGAGGAGGUGGCAGGCCGGAUGAGGCUCAGCCAGUGUUUGGAGCGACAGCCUCACCACCGUUUGGCCAAGCGUACACCCUGUACGGCUCCUCGGCCUCGAAGCCACUCUUCUCAGCUUCUCACUCUGCAUUCGGCUCCUCAUUCGGAGGUCAUGCCUUCUCGGCCCCGCCCGUCCCGAUGCAUCAUCAGAAUCCGGUGCCUCAUCAGUUCCAGAACCCAUAUGGUGGCGGUGAUGGCAGCGGAUCGGGGCAGAACAACAACCCGAAAUACUUGCAGCAGCAGGAGAAUGGGAAGACACGGUACAAGUGCAAGGAAUGCCAAAAAACCUUCGGCCAGCUGUCAAACCUGAAGGUCCAUCUGAGGACCCACACCGGAGAGCGUCCCUUCAAAUGCCAGGUCUGCAGCAAGGAGUUCACCCAACUUGCUCAUCUACAGAAGCACAACCUGGUGCAUACAGGAGAACGCCCGCAUCGAUGUGAAGUGUGUGACAAGCGCUUCUCUUCGACGUCGAACUUGAAGACCCAUUUGAGGCUGCAUAACGGACAGAAGCCGUACCAAUGCGAUGUGUGCGCGGCCAAGUUCACGCAGUACGUCCACCUCAAGCUCCACCGACGCCUUCACGCUAAUGACAGACCGUACUCGUGCGGGACGUGCGGAAAGAAAUAUAUUAGCCCGUCGGGGCUGCGUACGCAUUGGAAGACGACGGCCUGCCAAGCCGACCCCGCCCAGGAGGAGCUGAUCAACGCCUCGGCGACGCCGCAUCCCCCUGGAACACCGCAUACACCAAUGCCGGUCUUGACGCCGUAUUCGGCCAAAUGGAGCACAAGCCGUUCU